CCUUUUGUAUCUGUUAGGCAACUAGGCAAGCCAACGACACAAGGCGAGAGAUCUGUACGGACUGGGUUAGUGAACGUGGUACUAAACUAUUAAUUCAAAUUACAGGAAGAAAUGCUACAUGCUCUGGGUAUGACAUAGGCAAACUCCCUGCGGAACAUUUUAAAGUUGAUUAUGGCACCAAAUUCCAUCCACUGGUUCCGUAAAGGCCUCCGUCUCCAUGACAACCCUGCACUUCGGGAAGCCGUGCGUGGGGCGAACACAGUGCGCUGUGUCUAUUUCCUGGAUCCUUGGUUCGCCGGCUCCUCAAACCUAGGAGUCAACAGGUGGAGGUUCCUGCUGCAGUGCCUGGAGGACCUGGAUGCCAGCCUCCGCAAGCUCAACUCCCGGCUCUUCGUCAUCCGCGGACAGCCCGCCAACGUGUUCCCCCGUCUCUUCAAGGAGUGGAAGAUCUCACGGCUGACAUUCGAGUACGACUCGGAGCCCUUUGGGAAAGAGCGGGAUGCCGCCAUCAGGAAACUUGCAAUGGAGGCCGGCGUGGAAGUCAUCGUGAAGACCUCCCACACACUCUACGAUCUGGACAAGAUCAUUGAGCUGAACGGCGCACAGCCGCCCCUGACGUACAAGCGCUUCCAGACGCUGAUCAGCCGCAUGGACCCGCCGGAGAUGCCGGUGGAGCCCCUGUCGGAGGCCUUCAUGGGCCGCUGCACCACGCCCGUGACGGACGACCAUGGCGACACCUACGGGGUGCCCUCUCUGGAGGAGCUGGGGUUCGACACAGAAGGACUGGCUUCAGCGGUCUGGCCAGGCGGUGAGACUGAGGCUCUGACCAGGAUAGAGAGACACCUGGAGAGGAAGGCGUGGGUGGCGAAUUUCGAGAGGCCCAGAAUGAACGCUAACUCUCUGCUGGCGAGCCCCACGGGGCUCAGCCCCUACCUCCGCUUCGGCUGCCUGUCCUGCCGGCUCUUCUACUUCAAGCUCACAGACCUCUACCGGAAGGUGAAGAAGAACAGCUCUCCGCCCCUCUCCCUCUACGGCCAGCUCCUGUGGAGGGAGUUCUUCUACACGGCCGCCACCAACAACCCGCGCUUCGACAAGAUGGAGGGCAACCCCAUCUGCGUGCGGAUCCCCUGGGACUGGAACGCCGAGGCGCUGGCCAAGUGGGCUGAGGCCCGGACGGGCUUCCCCUGGAUCGACGCCAUCAUGACCCAGCUGCGGCAGGAGGGCUGGAUCCACCACCUGGCCCGGCACGCCGUGGCCUGCUUCCUGACCCGUGGGGACCUGUGGAUCAGCUGGGAGGAGGGCAUGAAGGUGUUCGAGGAGAUGCUGCUGGAUGCAGACUGGAGUGUGAACGCGGGCAGCUGGAUGUGGCUCUCCUGCAGCUCCUUCUUCCAGCAGUUCUUCCACUGCUACUGUCCCGUGGGCUUCGGCCGCCGCACCGACCCCAACGGAGACUUCAUCAGACGGUACUUACCGGUCCUCCGCGGGUUCCCAGCUAAGUACAUAUACGACCCCUGGAACGCCCCGCACUCCGUGCAGACGGCCGCCAAAUGCAUCAUCGGCAUCCACUACCCCAAGCCCAUGGUGAACCACGCAGAGGCCAGCCGGCUCAACAUCGAGCGCAUGAAGCAGAUCUACCAGCAGCUCUCCCGCUACCGAGGCCUGGGCUUGCUGGCCUCUGUGCCUUCCAACCACAAUGGAAACGGGAAUGGGCAUGGAAACGGGAAUGGCGGCGGGAACGGUAGUGGAAACGGGAAUGGGAAUGCCGGCAUGAUGGCGUAUUCCCCCGGGGAGCAGCAGCAGCCGAACUCUGCGGGCCACGUUGGAGCAGCUGUGCCUGUGGCUGGGAUGAAUGGGAACAGCGGCAUUCUGUUAAACUUCUGCAGAAACGAGCAGCCAGGACCGAGUGCAGCUCAGCACGGCUACCAUACUGUGUCAGACCCAGGCCAAGGGAUCGCCAGUCAUCGGCUUUACCCGGUCAGCAGUUCCCACGAGUUUGCAGUGCCCCAGCACCCAGGACGCUCCAGUCAUGUGACGGGGAAGAGGGAGCGGGAGUCGGAGCGGGACACGGGGGGGGACAGUGACACACCGUCCUCCGCUCUCAAGAUGCAGAGGCCCAACAGCGAGAAGAGAGAUCUCCAGGAUAUGAACUUGACACCAUACUGAACAUCAAAGAAUAAUCAUACCCUGCAGAACAGAUUGAGGACACCAAGCAGAUAUUUACAGGACUUUUCUUUUACUUCUGCAGGGAAAAACUCUUUAAAUUCCUUGGUUUUGAGCACCAAGAUAAUUAUUUAGCCUGCAAGAAGAAAAUUGGACCUCUUUAAGGGGAAAAAUCUGAACUGAAAAUUGGAGACAAAGGCUGAAACUCCGGCCAAGCUUUCAGUUUGAACAACAGCACACCUCUGGGAACGGUCUGGUGACUGAUAAAAGCUGCCUUGUGCUUGGUGAAACUUCAGUUUACACAGAACACUGGUAUCCUUUUACGAUAGAUUACACCAGUGCUGAUUUAAUGAAUUAAAUGAGGCGCAAAUCGUCUGGCGUUUUCAUCUGUUGCAAGUAAUGAUGGGACGGACUUCAUGAAACAAAAUGGGAGGUGUCUUCUGCAGUGGAGACUAAAGUGAGCGACUGGUCAUAGUGCGUGAUUGACCGUUCACAGCAGCUCUGUGCAUAAUGUGGUUUAAGAAUCCAGCAGACUCCCUUCACUCAGGAAGCAACCCCUCUAUAUGUGCUGAAAUGGAUGGACGAUAUACAGCAACCAAAAAGCAUCUUUUAGUUGUGUGACUACAUUCAAGGCCAGGAUUCAUAAAGCUUUCAGAGCAGACGUUCAGAAAUGUAGAUCAACACUCUUAGAUGCUUGUGAUGAAUUUGGGCCGUGUUCAUUUGGUUACAUUUGUCCUCAACUUGACUGGCAUUCUGUCAGGAUUUGCAGACAGGGUCACAUUCCACUGUAAACGCGUCCAACCUUCUACAUAGACAAAUUAUUUGUUUAUAGGAGAAUUACACUUGCCAGAAAAAAUAAAAUAAAAAUUAUAUAUAUAUAUAUAUAUAUAUAUAUUGUAUUUACUGACUUUGUAGGAUAGUUGAUUAGCCUUACCAUUGUAAAAACAAAUGAUGCACUUUGAGAAUUAAGGAAUAAGCCAAUGACAUGUAAACGUCUAGUGUAAUUCUAAAGCUUCAGUGUAAUUCUCCCACCCAAAACUUUCAACGGAUGGAUGCAUUUCACUGUAGAAAGCAGAACAUCUCGGAACCUUUGUCACGAAUGCCCAUCCAGUAAAGCUUAGGCUUGCAAUCUAGAACAAGUACAGUACUGGAAGGCUUUUACUGUACUUGGGCUGUGUUAAAAGUCAAGUGUUUACACCAAGUGGCGUCCAUCUUUCCAUGAACCUGUCUGGACACCUCAUACUAAUGUGUACUUAUUUUUAAUCUUAAGAGCAAGUUGAUUCCAUAGCAAAGGAUGGUCAACAUUCCAGAGCAGAAAAGCUAGGACUCAAAGGAAAACUGCCUCAAUGCCAAAUAGUACUUCAGGGUAUUUUCCAAGUCCAAAAAGCAGUCUCCCAGUCUGGUUAUUCCUCAGUGGUGGCUGUAUCUUAGUACUGGACAUGUCCACCAGGUACUCCAUUUCAGCACAUCAUAGACUGCUUAGGAGAAUCAUGUGGGUCUGCUUUUCAAAUCAACUAAACCCGCCAACAUGUUUUACCGGUUUUAUUUUCUUUAAAUGUAGAUAUCUUUUUGUAUGUAUAUAUUAUAUACAAAUAUGUAUAUAAUUUCUUUUUCUUAUCAACUCCUCCAAAACUAUAAAUAUGUAUAUUUAAAGUUGUGUAAAAUACUUGUAUUACUUAACUUUUCAUAUGAAUUGUACGUGCAGUUUUACCUUCAUAUAUUGAUAAUGUAUUUGUACAUGUAUUGAACAUGUUUGUAUAUGUGAACAUAUAUACCGUAUGUACAUAAAUGUAAAUACACAAGUGUAGACUAGAAAUGUUUGAAAAAGCAGUUUUGUGGCACCUGAAGUGAUUCAAAUAAAGCGUCUGCUUGUCAUGG